AUGGAUAAAUUAGUAUGGGAUACGCUAAUUAAUAUAAAUGAAAGUACAUGCUUAGUUAAAAUCACGAAUAUUAUACUUGAAAUCGAAAAAGUUAAAUUAUAUUUACCAAUUUCGAAUUCUAACUUAUCGCCUUCUAUUUGUUUUGAACCACAUAUAGAUGGGUGCUACGCAAUUGCAAAACCUUCUCCAUUUACCAUUUCAGAUGUAAACUGUCCACUUGAACUCGAAGUUUCAUCAGCGAAAGACGAUUUACUGUUUUGGUUUGAGACCAAUUUUGGUCAAUCAGGCCAAAUUGUUGUAAAAAGAGGCGAAACUAAAAAACAUAUUAUUUUUAUUAAACAACCAGAGGGAAAAUUCCAUGCAAUCAUCGAAUGGAAGGUUACCAAGAACAAUUUAGCUGCACAUCUUAAAUCUACAGAGCUUUCUUUGCAGUUUUCAGAUCCAUUUAAAUAUGAAUCGAACAUUUACGACAAAUACAACAAAAUGUAUGCCAAAGACGUCAUGUUCAACUCAGAUGAGAAGAUUAUGAUCAUCACAAAGCUCAGAACUAAUAAUUUGGAGAACGUAAAAAUUAUCAAUAUAAAAAGUGACAACAGUGAAGUUCGAAUUGUUCCUUUUCAAAAAAAUUUUGAGUUGAAGGCAAAUGAAGUUAUGACCAUCGCUUCGGUUAUAACACUACCAAGUAGCAACAUGAUGUACAAUGAAAGCAUAGCUGUUUUUUACAAACCAUUGUCGAAAUAUGACCAAAUUUCGGAAUUUCGGAUUAAAUUCCCUGAACUAAGAAUUCUAGCCCAAAAUGUGGACGUCUCUGCAUCAUUCCCAUCUGAAAUGUACCAACUAGUUCCUUCAGAAAUUUACUUGGAAUUAUCUGCGAGAAAAGAUUCCGAAUUAUUGAUUGAAGUUAGAGAGAAUAGUAAUGAGAACUUCAUUGUAUGUGGUAUGACGAAGUCUAAUUUCCACAUGGACGCUGGAGAAAUUAGAAAAUUGAUUUUUAAUUUCACUCCUCUGAAAAUAGGUCUCCAUAAGCUACCAGAGAUAAGAGUAAUGGAUGGCGUGAAUAUAUGGAGAGCAAAUCCUUCUAUACUUGUUAAAUUUACAAGUAGUUUCCAAUGA